AUGCCCCAAGCAAAGUCGACACCAGCUAGAGCGUCUGCGCGAAAGCGGCCGACCAGCCAAGGGCGGCCUAGACUCGAUGCUCCCGCCGCUAAAUUAUCCGAGGAUCGGCGAAAUCAAAUCCGCCGUGCCCAGAAAACUUAUAGACUGAAAAAAGAAGCCUGCAUCCAGGAAUCCCAGCAGCGUGUCACCGAGCUGGAGCAUAAACUCGCACGGGUUGAAGAGUCUCUUAAAGAGUACCGAUAUAUGCUACAACGUGAUUUAGGUGACACACACCCAGAACUUCUGAAAGGUUGUGACCGGAUAGUCGAACUUUUGGCCACUUCGCCAGAGAAUCGGCACCAAAACUCAUCUCAUGAAUCAUCCGGCGAUACCCCAAGCGAUAGGUUGUCAUCCGUCGAGACAACCAUCAACAACCAGGCCAUCCCAAAAUAUCCUUCAACGCGGGAACCGUCUGCGACAGCAGAAGGACAAUUAGGAAUACGCGAUCUUACCGAGCCGGAAAUAAACAAUGAACUAACAAAAUCUAUAUCCGAAUCAAUCCAUCGAUCUCUCGGAUGCACCCUGAAUUACUCAUACUCAUCUUUGGAAAGUUCAUUCACACGGAGAGUCAAGCGAUCCAGCCUCGAACACGCUUUCCAGAUAUUCAGUGACCCACAUUCCAACCCACAUGAAGUAUUUCGACUCUUCAGACUUGUUCCAUGUUUCCGAGAUAGAGAAAAGAUGUACCCAUACUUCAGGGACUUGGUCACGUCGGAUCGAGAUCAUUCAUUGGAGAUUUCCGCUUUGCCUUUUUAUAAUAUAGGCGGUGCUGGGACGCACUACCCCAAUACGAACAGCGAUGGAGCCCCUGUUUAUCCCCGAAAUACGAGGAUCCCUCGACGCAUACUAGGAAUUAUUCCUAAUGGGGAUGCAGGAGACCAGACUACACAUACGGACGAGUCUCGGCACAAUCAGCUCCAACUCUGUGGGUUUGGAGGGGAAUGGUUUGAUUGUCGAGAUGUCGAGGGUUAUCUGAGACAGAAGGGUGUUCAAAUUGAUGAAUCUUGCAUCUUUCCUACUGUAAAACAGGCUCAAAAUGAUGUGACGCGUUCUGAAGACCCGGAGAAUUGUGUUCUCGAUCUAGAGGGUUUCAUUGAAGGACUUCGGUUCGGCUUAGCUAUACUGGGGCGAGCUCCUGGAUUUCGCCGAUCAGACGUUGAAGCCGCUUUCGAGGCAGCGCUGAAACAUCGCAAGUAG